AUGAACCACCAUCAUCCACCACCACCACCAACGCCAACCAUCCUCCACCUCCAAACCACCAACCAAAUCAUCCACCAUACAACCACCACCAUCUUCUCCACGCGCCGUGACACCCUCAUCUUCCUCGUCCUUUCUUGGCUUCUACUUUCGAUUCGCGCUAACAUUGAAACCGCCACUCAUUCCCUUAUUUCCUUCAUUGAUAAUGACCCAUCCGUACAAACCCUCAUUUCAAGAAUUCAACUUCCACCAAACCCACCACCACCACCACCACCAUCAACCACCUAUAAUCUCCGGCAGCGGCAGCGGCACCGUCCUUUUCUGCAGCUCACCCGUGUCGGAACCCUAGAUGAUGAUUUCUUUUCCGGCGAUGAAGAACUUGAUCACCGCUUCUUUGGUGGUAACUUUAUAAAGCCACAAUUAAAUGCUACUCUACUUAUACUUGAUUCCUUUGAUCCCCAAUUUGGUUUUUCUAAUUUUGUAUCAGAUAAUGGAAUUAGGGUUUUAGAAACUGUUAAGUCCAGUGCUAAAAUGUCUUUUAAAACAAUCAAGAUUGUUGAAAAACUAGAAAAUAUUAGUGGGUCUGUGCGAAAUGAUGAUGGGCUGUCACAGAAUGAAACCGAUUUCGAUUUUUUGUUAAAAAGGUUUGAUCUUGACCAUCAAGAUGCGAGUACAUUGGUGUAUCUUGUUGGGGGAUUGGCUGCUGCAUAUGGGUUUAUGAUUCUUGGGUUUGUUGCUACUCAUUCUUGGGUUCAUGGGGUUGUGUUUGUGUUAGUAGUGAACGGUUAUUUGAAGAGUUACAAGUCGUUUGUUAAGACGUUUUGGAACGGUGCGAAUUUAGGGAUGAAAAGAUUGUGUGGAUUUAUUGUAAUGAGAUGGGUGGUUAGGGAUGCAUUGACUCAGUUGUUGGGUGUUUGGUAUUUUGGAGAGAUAGAGGAUCAAUAUUCGUUGUUUAAGAUUUUUGUUAGGUUGAAGUUUAUCCCGUAUUCGAAUGUUACUCCUUGGAUAAAAGGGUUUGAUAAGGAGAUUUAUGGUUUUAUGUUAUCAUGGUUUUUGAUGGAUAUGCUUUUGUCCUUUGUUUUUGCGGUGGAUGCUUGUGUGGUUAUGGUGGAUUCAAGAAAAUCCGGAAAGGAAGUUAUUAAAGAAGGGUGGCAUUUGUUGACGGUAAUGAUUCAUCCUGCGAUAAAUCUCAAGUGUUUAGAAGGUAUCGUUUGUGGGUCAUUUGCAAGACACGUACUUACAUAUAUUUUUGGGAAGGUGUUUACUUCCAUUGUCCAAUCUUUUAUGGAAGUGUACUUUAUUGUCGCAUGGAUGUUUUAUUACUUCUCCGUGAAAUCCAUGGAUGCUAGAUCUAGUGGAGUACCAUUUGGUCAAAAAGAGCUUGAAACGAUGCUAGAAGAUGAUAGAUGA